AUACCCUUUAAAUAUCGAUCGUCAGUAACUGUGGCUGACUUACCUAUAUUCUAGCAAGCAGGACUGCCAGAUGUGAAGGGGAAAUCCCCAAUAAAUUGUUGCAUGUGACUGAUGAUGUGAGCAUGUUCGUUUCAUAAUAAAAAUGUUGCCAGGUAACCAAAAAGUCGUAUGUUUUUGUGCGAAUUACGAUCAUAAUCUUUACGAUCGUACAUUAAAAAAUAGACAAAUAAUAGUAUGAGUACGAUUUAAAUCGUAUAUCUGUCAACCCUGCUAGCAAGACAGCGACAAAAUCACGUUGCAUAACAAUGUAGCCCAAGCUUAUAUCUUAUGAAAUAUACGGAAGAGAUACGGACUUAGAAAAAACAGAAAUGUUCUCUGUGGAAGUCAUUGAUGAAAUUCUAUGUAUUUUAGCCCGCAAACUUUCUUCAAACAAAAACAGCGCCAUCUAGUAUCGAGUUCUGUAAUUAUCUCUUUGUUUAUGGAUUUGAAGUAAGACCGCCACGCAUGCAAUACAUUAUGACUGGGGAUUCCCCUAUUCGUCGACGCUGAAUAUGAGGCGACGACAAUCACUGUCAAACGUGUUCACUAUUACUCUGACUCUGGUAACGUGACUUCCUGGUAACGUGUUAGGUAGGAAAAGCAGUAAAAAAGUGCAUAUUAAGGGAGCAGAUUUGAAAUAAUAUUUAUACUUAACAAGAAAUAAUUAAAGGUUCAAUGGGGAGACCUAAAGAUUUACGCAUAUGGGAGCACUACCGUACUUUACCAAACAAGUCUGUUUCUUGCAAGCUUUGUAAUAAGGUCUACAAAUUCAGUAAUGCUGCCAAAAUGCUUCAACAUCUUAUCACUUGUCCAAAAUCUCCAGAAACAUUAAAAGACUCUAUGAAACUUAUAAAAGAUAGCUCGUCCAAAACCAAAAUGUCUGGACUGUCAGAGAUAGAGACAAAUGAUUCUUUUAUAAGCCCCUCGUCGUCUGCUAACACUACAAUAAAUGCUGAGUUUCAAGACACCGAUGAUCAUAUAAAAACAGAAUUAGCGAGAGCUAUAUUUGUAACAGGGACGCCAUUAUCGAUGGUGCAACAUCCUUUAUGGAUACAAUUUUUCGAAAAAUUGCAACCAAAAUUUAAAAUACCUUCACGUAAAGCUUUAGCGACAAAAUACUUAGAUAAAAUAUAUAGAGAAAUGCGUUUUGAGUUAAAUGAGGAACUAAAUGCUUGUAGUUACUUACACCUUCAGUGCGAUGGCUGGUCUAAUUUAAGAAAUGAAGGAAUAAUAAACUUUCUUAUAUCAAAACCUCAACCUGCAUACGUUAAAAGUUUGAAUACAGAAAGUAAUCCUCACACUAGUGAAUACCUUAGCCAAGAAGUUGAAAAAGUAAUGAAAGUGUAUGGAGCAAAUAAGUUUCUUGUACUUAUUGGCGAUAACGCUAGAAAUAUACAAAAGGCAUUCGAAUUAACAAAACUCAAAUAUCCACAUGUUGUUCCUCUCGGUUGCUGUGCACAUAUCCUUAACUUGUUGUGCCAAGAUAUUGUAAAGAUACAAGAAGUAACUGUGUUUAUUAUGCAAGCCAUAAAUAUAAUAAAAACUGUUAAAAGGAGUCAACGAUUAAGUUCCUUGUUGAUAAAAUCAAGGCAGGGUGAAGAUUCUACACAAACACUAAAAUUGCCUUGUGCUACAAGAUGGGGAAGUCAUGUUACUUCGUUAAAAAGUUUGAAAGCAAAUAAGAUAGCUUUGCAAAUAUUAACAGUUAGAGAAGAUGUGGUAAUUUCAAGAGAUAUUAAAGAUUUAAUUCUAAGUGAUGAUUUCUGGACGAAGACAGGGGAAUGUAUAAGUAUUUUGGAACCAGUCACUGAAAGCAUAUUUUACUUAGAGAGCGACCAGAAUCGUUUGCAUCGCACAUACAUUACAUUUAGAGAUGUACAAGCUAAGAUACGUUUUGCAUUAAAUGAGAUUUCGACAUUGAGCGAAGAAAGCAAACAGCAGAUUCUAACAUCAGUAUCUUCAAGAUGCAAUAUGGCAAUGAGGCCAAUACAUUUUGCAGCAUAUAUUCUAGACCCCAGGACUCUAGGAGUCGAACUUACUCAAGAGGAAGAACUUAAGGGUAUGGAGUUUAUCUACAAUUUAAGCCAACACUUAAGUUUGUCAAAUGUAAUGGCAGAUUUGGCGUGUUAUAAAGCUAAAGAAAACUUUUGGGCCAGAGGAUUUGUGUGGAGCUCAUUAGAUAGCAUUGAGCCCCUAAUAUGGUGGAAAGGUAUUUGUGGUUCCACUGAGUUAAGCAAAGUAGCGAUUCGUAUUCUAUCAGCUCCCUGUACUUCGGCAGCCACUGAGCGUUCCUUUAGUAUCCAAGGCUACAUACAUAAUAACAAAAGAAAUCGACUUACAACUGAAAGAACUGAAAAAAUUUCAUUCAUUUGUUAUAACUGGAAUCUUAAACAUAAAGCUGAAUGCGAGGACAUUCAGUUUAAUGAAGAAAAUACCUUAGAAGCUUUCAUUGAGCAAGUAAAUGAACAUAACAGUUUAGACGAAAUAGAGCCUAUCGAACCUAUACAAUUCAUCGCUUGUAAUAACUCUGAAUCUGACAGUGAUUGACUGUAGUUUUACAUUUUACUUUCAUCUCUUUCUUAAUAAACUCAAAAUCAAAUUAAAAGUUUUUUAUUCUGUAGGCUGCAUAAUAAUAUUGUCUAUGUCCAGUAUAGUGGACGUCUUGCGGCUGAGAUGACGAUGAUGAAGUACAAAAUCAUAAACACCCAAAAAUUUGGGUGUUUAUGGGGUUUAAACCCAAUAAACCCAAAACACCCGGUUUUUACCCACCAGACUUUAAACCCACCCAGGUGGAUUGC